AUGUACGAGUACAAAUAUUAUUAUCAUUAUGAAUUUGAUACUAUAUUUAGUGAUGAUGAAUGGAAUCUUGUAAUUGAAAAAAGCCCAUUUGUUAUCCAAGGGUCAAUAAUCCCAGAUACCGUAUCAACUAUAGUCCACAAUGCAGCGAGAAAACAAACCAUAAAUCAAGAUAGUUAUAUUAUUGCAAACAAAGAUCCCUUGUGCAGGUCAGCAGCACAAAUUUUCAAUGGAUUGCGACAAACUCUACCAAUGACAUCACCAGUAAAAACAACUGAAGAUGAACAUUGUAACAAAUUUUUAAAUGUUUAUAUCAAUAAUGUUUUUACUGCACAAAAGCGAUAUGAGGUCAAAUUUAAUUGUUCUUUAUUAGAAAGUAUGCAGAGACCUGAUUUUUUAUGCACUAUAGAUGAUGUGCCAUUUUUAAUAUCAGAAAUAAAACCACUUGGGACAAGUCCUCUACUAAAGAAAAAUGAUUUCAAAAAAGCACAUUUAAGAGCCAAGGAUGCAGUAAACCAACAACUGAACAAAAAAUAUGGACCGGGUAAAGUUGUACUAUUGAUUAAUGCAGGAAAUUCACUGAAAUCAUUUAUCAUGGAUCAGUACAAUGGAAUGUAUCGUUCAUGGGGUUAUAUGACCACAAAACUAGCUACAGACAUACCUGGAUCAAAAGAAGAUGAAUCAGAUGAUGAGUCAGAGGCUGGGAGUGAGAGUGGAUAUGAUGGAGAUGAAGAAGAAAGGGAGGAUAGUGAUGAUGAAGACAAAUUAUGUGAAGAAGCAACGGCUGAAAAAUUAGUGGACCAAGUCCAGCCACCAAUUGACAAACUAACUUUAAGAUGUCUAUUCUUCUUUUUCAACAGAGUGGCGAGAAAACAAACCAUAAAUCAAGAUAGUUAUAUUAUUGCAAACAAAGAUCCCUUGUGCAGGUCAGCAGCACAAAUUUUCAAUGGAUUGCGACAAACUCUACCAAUGACAUCACCAGUAAAAACAACUGAAGAUGAACAUUGUAACAAAUUUUUAAAUGUUUAUAUCAAUAAUGUUUUUACUGCACAAAAGCGAUAUGAGGUCAAAUUUAAUUGUUCUUUAUUAGAAAGUAUGCAGAGACCUGAUUUUUUAUGCACUAUAGAUGAUGUGCCAUUUUUAAUAUCAGAAAUAAAACCACUUGGUACAAGUCCUCUACUAAAGAAAAAUGAUUUCAAAAAAGCACAUUUAAGAGCCAAGGAUGCAGUAAACCAACAACUGAACAAAAAAUAUGGACCGGGUAAAGUUGUACUAUUGAUUAAUGCAGGAAAUUCACUGAAAUCAUUUAUCAUGGAUCAGUACAAUGGAAUGUAUCGUUCAUGGGGUUAUAUGACCACAAAACUAGCUACAGACAUACCUGAAUAUGAUAACAUUAGGUUUGAAGAGGCUGUUAAGUUGUUAUCACAAUUUCGUGAAAACUUAUUAGAUUCACCAAAUUCAAAUCCUCCAAACUUCUUAAUAUUCAAAACUGCUCUCAGACUUAGUAGAGUAAAUCUGAAAAAAUUGGGACACAUAAACCAAUAUAUUGAACUAAUAAAAAACAACCCCAAAGAACUUGGGGAAUCAUUGGGAACUGUUAUUUGGCAUUCAAGACCUGAAAUACGUGAAAAAAAAAAAGAAUUAGAGGACCCACAAAAUCUAGAUCAAUAUUUUAAUGGAUUUCCUAUAUACAUACGACAUUCUUUUCACGUUGGUAUGUCAACCUUUACUGAAAAAGAGAUAGAACAUUUUGAGAAUACCUUUUCCUUACUAUGGAAUUUAUAUGGAAGAGAUUUUGAUGUUGCACAAGUUCAAGAAGAACUAUGGAAAAAUUUAAAUAUGGAGGGCAUUCCAGUUCCUGUGCCAGUCUCAACGCCAAUAUACCAAAAAUUCGAAGAAAAUAAUCCUGAAGUUAGUCUUUGCGUGUAUAAAUGGUCUAAUGAAAAUAAGCGUCUUGAGUUCCAACUGGUUUAUAACCAUAGUAAGCACAAAGAGCGGAAAUACCUUUGCCAAUAUUGCCUUCAUGAAUGUUCAGGAAUAAAUGGCGCGCCACAAGAGCCAAAAGUUCCAAAAUUAGAAAAGAGCACCAAGGCGUUCUAUAACCAUAAAUGCAUGCCCAAUCCUUACCGAAUAUUUUGGGACCUCGAAUGCUUAACUACAAAGCUAACCCCGGAAGAGAAGGCCCAAUUAACCCGUACUGAAAAAAUUCAGCGACAUAUGCCCUGUGGAUAUAGUUAUGCGGUUGUCCGCAUGGACACUAGCAGAAUUCGAGCAGAUUUAUCUGCACUUGCCGAAAUGGUUAUGGAACCUGGGGACUAUACAAGGCAUAGAAUGGCAACGGAAUGCUGGAUUUGCAAGAAAGAUUUUUCGGCUUGCAAAGAAAAAGAUAUGAAGUUGUCUGCAGAUUUACUUCUGACAGACCUAGAUCAAUAUAUGUUAGUAGAGAGGGGAAUUCGUGGGGGCAUGUCUAUGGUUAGUCAACGUUAUGACAAAGCUAAUAAUCCGCAGUGUUCUAUUAUGAUGAAAGCAAGCCGAAUUCAUGGGAUAUGUAUGAGGAUAUGA